CCAUUCUUUCGUUCUGGACCAGGACACCCCGCAUCACUCGACAGACAGAGAAUCUCGGUGGAAAAGAUGGUCCUGACCAAGUCCCUGCACUCGAAUCUCAGCCUCGUUCAUAAGCGUGGCAUUCACGAUGUCGUCAAGCGAUCGACCGCCGGCGAGAUCUUUGUGAAGCAAGGCCCCGGCGGCCGCUCCUCUGUCUCCGGCCAUGUCUCCACUGUCUUUGGCUGUACCGGAUUCCUCGGCAGAUACCUGGUCAACAACCUUGGCAAGAAGGGCACCCAGGUCGUCAUUCCGUACCGCGGCAACGAUGACGACAAGCGCCACCUGAAGCUUAUGGGCGAUCUCGGCCAGAUCGUGCCGCUGCGCUUUGAUAUCCGCAACGAGACCCAGAUUGCCGAGUGUGUCCGUCACUCCGACGUCGUCUAUAACCUGGUCGGCCGCGACUUCACCACCAAGAACUUCUCCUUCGAGGCUGUGCAUGUCGAUGGCGCCAGACGACUGGCUCGCAUUGCCCGUGAGGAGGGUGCGACCAAGUUCAUUCAUGUCUCUGCCCUCAACGCUGAUGUCAACUCGACUUCUGCGUUCCUCCGAUCGAAGGCUCUCGGUGAGAUUGCGGUGCGCGAGGAGUUCCCUGAGGCCACGAUCGUUCGACCUGGAUACAUGUACGGAAAGGAAGACAAAUUCUGGAACCGCUUUGGCUGGUGGACAAAGUGGGUCCCCGGACCGACCCCCAUUCCCAACGGCGGCAAGACUCUGCUGAGACCCGUCUAUGUUGGCGAUGUUGCCAAGGCUCUUGCCGCCAUGGAGUCUGACAGCCAAGUUGCCGGAAAGAUCGUCGAGCUCUACGGCCCCUACGAGUACCGUUACGGCAACCUGUUCAAGUUUUUCUGUGAUAUGGCCAUGCAUCCCCACGAGACCUUCCCCGUCCCAAAAGCUGUCUACAAGCUCUUUGGCCGUGCUCUGGACACCGUCAUGGUCUUCCCUCAUAUCACCGCCGAUGAAGUCGAGCGACUGUACAUCAACGACCAAGCCACCCCUGGCGCCCUGACCUUCAAGGACCUCAGUAUCGAGCCGCUCAGCGUCGAGGACACCAUCAGCCGAUUCGUCCGUCUAUACCGCUCCAACCAGUUCCAGCACGCUCCUUUCGAGACCAUCCUCAAGAAGUACCAGACCACCGAGUGGAGAGUCUGAGUCACGCAGCAGGACGCCGGCUCUUGCCGCGCCGUAAUACACUUUGCAGAAUGAAACGGAACA